UUUAUAAGGGGCAAAGUCAAAAGAGAGAGAAAGAGAAAGAGAGAGAAAGAGAGAGAGAGAGAGAGAGAGAGAGAGAGAGAGAGAGACAGACAGAGACAGACAGAGGGGGAGACACUGUGGAGUGAACAAGACACCAAGCUGUGAUAUUAAAACCUCCACCUCAGGGUGUGUGAGGACGGAGUAACAUCCUGCUGUGUAGCUGAAGUCUGUGUUUUUAUUCACUGUUCUACUGUCAUACAUCAACCUGCAGGAUGAAGACUUUACUGACCGCCUACUCACAGGUUACAAAGGGUUCAGGCUCUCGGUUCCUCUCAGCUCUGCAGGAUCUGCCCUCAGCUCCCUGGCUCUCGAGAUCCAAACUGGUAAAGCAGCUGCAAGCCAUCUCUGUCCUCCAGUUCGUCCUCUCCUUCCUCGCUAUGGGCAUUGCAGCCACUGUGCUGCUGCUCUACCUGCUGUGCACAGACUGCUGGGUAAUUUCUGCUGUUUACAUCGCCUGGCUCAUCUUUGACUGGAACACACCUAAACAAGGUGGCCGUAGAUCAUCGUGGGUAAGAAACUGGACGGUCUGGAAGUAUUUCAAAGACUAUUUUCCUAUCCGACUCAUCAAGACCCAUAACUUACCACCCAACCGUAAUUACAUCUUCGGUUAUCAUCCUCACGGCAUCUUCUGCUUCGGAGCCUUCUGUAAUUUCUCCACUGAGGCGACCGGAUUCUCCAAGAAGUUCCCAGGGAUCAAGCCGUCCCUCGCAACGCUGGCCGGGAACUUCCGCCUACCCCUGCUGAGGGACUAUUUAAUGUCUGGAGGUAUUUGUCCAGUGAAUCGGCAUUCCAUUGAUUAUCUCCUGUCGUGUAACGGGACGGGAAACGCUGUGGUCAUCGUUGUGGGCGGAGCUGCUGAGUCUCUGGACUGCGUCCCAGGCAUGAACGCAGUCACCCUGAGAAACCGCAAAGGCUUCAUCAAACUUGCACUGCAGAAAGGAGCGGACCUGGUGCCUGUGUACUCGUUUGGGGAGAACGAGUCCUAUAAGCAGGUGAUAUUUGAGGAGGGUUCAUGGUGGCGUUGGGUUCAGAAGAAGCUGCAGAAGCUGCUGGGUUUCGCUCCCUGUAUCUUCCACGGCUGUGGGUUUUUCUUCACCGAGUCAUGGGGCUUCGUCCCAUAUGGAAAACCCAUCAACACUGUCGUUGGAGAACCUAUCACAGUGCCCAAGCUGGAGGAGCCGACUCCGGACGUGGUGGAAAUGUACCACACCAUGUACGUCAACUCUCUCACCACGCUCUUCGACAAAUACAAGACACGCUUCGGCCUGAAAGAGUCCGACAUCCUCCUCAUUCACUGAAGACAAGGAAGAAGAAUGUUGCCUUUUAAAAACAAGAGAAAACUGUGUUAAAUAUUUCUCCAUCACACAAACACACACCACCUGAAACCUGAGCCAGAUAAACCAUGAUCAUGGCUGUGUUCCAAUUCUGUCUGCGUGCCUUCUGCUCUUGGCCCUCAAAGCAUGAUCUCAAGAACAAAUCCUUUUUCUUUUGGAAGAUAGAAUAAUAAACUACAGAUGCCUUAAUUUGUAUAAUGAAACCUGCUCUCUUGAAACCUGAUGAUCUUAUAUCUCUCGCUCCUUCAGAUUAACCAUUCAAGUUGUCAGUUCACCCAUUUAAGAGUCUGCACACUCAUGUUUCAUGCGAAUGUUAGACGAGAUGAGCAUUAAAUGAGCGUUAGAUGAUUGA